GGAAGUGGGCGGGGCCUCACCGAGCUGGGCAGGAAGUCCGUGCAGUCCGCCCGGAGACGAGCUGAGGGGCCUCGGUGCGUGCAGACGUUUCUUCUGACUGCCCACCCCGUGUCUGCAGCACUCCACCUCUUUCUCAGGCGGUGAUACCCCGUGGUCAAGAACUCACCAUGUCUAUUCUCAAGAUCCAUGCCAGAGAGAUCUUCGACUCCCGUGGGAAUCCCACUGUAGAGGUGGAUCUCUGCACCUCGAAAGGUCUCUUCAGAGCCGCUGUGCCCAGUGGUGCCUCAACUGGUAUCUACGAGGCCCUAGAGCUCCGGGACAAUGACAAGACACGCUACAUGGGGAAGGGUGUCUCAAAGGCUGUUGAGCACAUCAAUAAAACUAUUGCACCUGCCCUGGUUAGCAAGAAACUGAACGUCACAGAGCAGGAGAAGAUCGACAAACUGAUGAUAGAGAUGGACGGAACGGAAAAUAAAUCUAAAUUUGGUGCGAACGCCAUUCUGGGAGUGUCCUUGGCCGUCUGCAAGGCUGGAGCUGUUGAGAAGGGGGUACCCCUGUACCGCCACAUCGCUGACUUGGCUGGCAAUUCUGAGGUCAUCCUGCCAGUUCCCGCCUUCAAUGUCAUCAACGGUGGAUCUCAUGCGGGCAACAAGCUGGCCAUGCAGGAGUUCAUGAUCCUUCCCGUGGGUGCAGCAAACUUCACAGAAGCCAUGCGCAUUGGCGCAGAGGUGUACCACAAUCUGAAGAACGUCAUCAAGGAGAAAUAUGGGAAAGAUGCCACCAACGUGGGUGAUGAAGGCGGGUUCGCUCCCAACAUCCUAGAGAAUAAGGAAGCCCUGGAGCUGCUGAAGAAUGCCAUCGGGAAAGCCGGCUAUACCGAUAAGGUGGUCAUCGGCAUGGAUGUGGCUGCAUCUGAGUUCUUCAGGUCGGGGAAGUAUGACCUGGACUUCAAGUCACCCGAUGACCCCAGCAGGUACAUCACCCCUGACCAGCUGGCCGACCUAUACAAGUCCUUCAUCAAGGACUACCCAGUGGUGUCUAUUGAAGACCCGUUCGACCAGGAUGAUUGGGAAGCGUGGCGCAAGUUCACUGCCAGCGCAGGAAUCCAGGUGGUGGGGGACGAUCUCACAGUGACCAACCCGAAGCGCAUUUCCAAGGCCGUGGGCGAGAAAUCGUGCAACUGCCUCCUGCUCAAAGUGAACCAGAUCGGCUCGGUGACCGAGUCUCUCAAGGCGUGCAAGCUGGCCCAGUCCAAUGGGUGGGGUGUCAUGGUGUCUCAUCGCUCCGGGGAGACCGAAGAUACCUUCAUCGCCGACCUGGUGGUGGGGCUCUGCACCGGGCAGAUCAAGACAGGUGCUCCUUGCCGAUCUGAGCGCUUGGCCAAGUACAACCAGAUUCUCAGAAUUGAAGAGGAGCUGGGCAGCAAGGCCAAGUUUGCCGGCAGGAACUUCAGAAACCCCCUGGCCAAGUAAGCACCGGGCAGGCGAGCCUCUGAGGCAUGCGGUCACAAGUCAGCUAAUUAGACCUCUGCUCCCAGCGUCCCCACGGGCAGCUCCAGGCCCCCAGCCGAUACUUGCAGGAGCCGCUGGUGGUUAACUGCCCGCCCCCAUCCCUGUGGUGGUCUCACUGCUUCCUUAGAACCGCUACAAAGCCAAACUUGACCAUCUGGAACCCUGCUAGAAGCCCUAGUUUUGUAGUCAUGUGAUUGCCGAAAUCACUGUUCUCACCUCGCUUCCCAAGGCCCUGGCGCCAAGUGUAUCCACAUUGUAUCUCCAAGGUGUUCACAGGUACGGUCCCCAGUGGUUUUGUGUGCAAAAUAAAAAGGCUUCAGUGACCAGUAGAAAUA